AUUCAAAAUGGUCUUCAAAAAGAAUCGAUUGAUUUUGUAUUAGAUGAUUGGUUUGACUGCUUCCUUCAGAAUCAAGAUCAUAACUCUAUUUCAUCAGAAGAUAAAAUAUUUCUUAUUCGACAGAUUACUAUUGAAAUUGGUCAAAUGAUAUCUUUCAUACUUUCUUUAAAUAAUCCAAAAAUUGACAUGCAAUCACCAUUAAAAAAUAACGUAAUGAUUAAUACCUUUUGUGAAGAACAUACUUCUGAUCUCUUUCCUGAAGGCUUGCAGUCUCUUUUUAAUGUCACUAAUUUACCCACAAAAGAGAAGCAACAACCUGAAUCUGCAUUUCAUGCAAUGAUUUUUCUCAUUAAUACGCUAUUGCAGAAUCAGCUUGAAUUAUCUUUCAAUGUUUUUACAUUAAUUAUUGAAUGGGUUAGAGAUGUUUUGGAAUUUUGCAAUACUCAUGAAUUUACGUCAACUGAUACAAAAGAUCAUAUUCGUCAAGAACUUGA